CAAACACUGAACUUUGGGUCAUUGUCCGGUGCCACUGAUUGUGACUGAAAGAAGAUCCUUUCGAGUUUCGCCGAGUAUGCUUUUCAUUUCCACAAUCCACCUGGCUUAAGCUAUUGUAGAUUCGGUGAAAGCUGUGGGUUUUCUUAGUGGAAGACACCCUUCUCCUUGUCUCUCUCCAAUAAUUUGAAUUUCCAUAGCCAAAACCCUUUGUAAAACUCGGCCUUUUAGUUGCAUUGCGGACCUUCUUCUCCAGAUCUUUUCAGAGAAGUGAGAAAGAAGAACCCAGACACUGUUAUAUCACUUUUAUUCGAGUUUCAAGAAAGGGCGAAUUAAAUAGUAGAAAUAUAAAAUGCCACAGCUACAGCUCGGUGCCCAAACAUUUCGAAGUCAUGGAACAGAAAUUGCGAGGAUUCACAUGCAUGACUGGAUUAUUCUGUUCCUACUGCUGGUGAUAGAAGUAGUUUUAAAUGUAAUCGAACCAUUCCACCGUUUUGUUGGAGCUGACAUGAUGACGGACCUAAAGUACCCAAUGAAAGACAAUACCAUCCCCGUGUGGGCUGUUCCAAUUAUUGCAAUUAUAUUACCUUUCACUGUGAUGCUUGUUUUUUUCUUUCGUGGAAGGAAUGUUUAUGAUCUGCACCAAGCUAUUUUAGGUCUUCUGUUUUCUGUACUCAUAACUGGAGUUAUUACUGAUGCAAUCAAAGAUGGUGUUGGUCGGCCUCGCCCAGACUUCUUCUGGCGUUGCUUUCCUGAUGGAAAAGGAGUGUUUGAUUCUGUAACUGGGAAUGUCAAGUGUACUGGAUUGAAAAAUGUAAUCAAAGAAGGACACAAAAGUUUUCCGAGUGGACAUACUUCUUGGUCAUUUGCGGGCCUUGGUUUUCUGUCAUGGUACUUAUCUGGGAAAAUCAAGGCCUUUGAUCAACAAGGUCAUGUUGCCAAGCUAUGCAUUGUUGUCCUACCUUUACUGUUUGCAGCAUUAGUUGGAGUUUCACGAGUUGAUGAUUACUGGCACCAUUGGCAAGACGUAUUUGCUGGAGGCCUUAUAGGGCUCACUGUUGCUUCAUUUUGUUACUUGCAAUUGUUUCCCCCACCAUAUGAUGUAGCUGGUUGGAUGCCACAUUUCCAUAUAACAAGGAUGGGGGAUUCACGAAAUGGAACACAGCCACCAAUGUACGACCAAAGCAGUAGUCUUACUGCAAGGCAAACUGAACUUGAGAACGUAUAUGCCCGGUCUCAGCAUGGGUUGGCAAUAACAGAAUUCAAUGUCCCCGACUCGAGCCCCAUCUUGAGUGAUGUGGAGAGUGGAAGAAGAUAUUAAUGCCCAUGUUCACUGUAUAGCUCCCAAUAGAUAGCUCUUCCCUCUGCAACUAUUCUGACUCGGAAAAUUCUAUGAUAGGUAAACUAGUCUGCUGCCUUUUUACAUGCGACGGCUGUAAAUGAAGCAUGGAUUAUGUUUUACUAGACAGUGAGUGACAGAACUAAGGUAGUAGCCGUGAUCUUUUGUGGGAAUAGUUUCUUGGUUCUGCAUUGUUUUUUUUUUUUUUUUUGGUUUUUUCCUGGAUUGGAACAGAAUUGUCUUGAUUAGUUCUUUUUGAAACUGUCAUGGAAUUGGCCAUUUGGUGUUGUGGCUAAA